GCCUUUUCAAUGGCCCGAGUGCACAGAUCGCCCGUGGCUUCGUGACCUCCUGUACCUACGAAAGCCCCCGCGAUGGCUGUCAAGGAGGUUGGCCCAGUGACGUUUUCAGGUUCCUGGACCAAAGUGGAUCCCCCACCGGUGGCGACGCCGGCUGUUCACCGUACUUCGGGCACGGGGAUGGCACAGACCACUUCGCCCAGAACUCCCCAGCACCCCCCUGCCCGACGGAGUGCUCAAACACCGGAUUUUCCAAGACCUUGCACGAGGAUCGCUUCAAUCUGGGCCUGAGCAACUACUACGACCUCGCCCUCCUGAACCACCCCAGGCCCGCCCUGGCCUACCAGCUGAUCCGGGAGGCGAUCUUGGCAGGCGGGCCGGUACCCGCAGCCAUGAUGGCCGAUGGGCCUUUCAUGGCCUACUCCAGUGGGGUCUACACACAUUCUUGUGACAUGGACCCGAAUCACGCGGUGACCGCCAUCGGCUGGGAGCCCGACAGCUGGAUCUGCCUGAACUUGGGCCGCGUGCAGAACUCUUGGGGGCCACACUGGGGCGAGGGCGGGAGCUUCCGCGUCGGCUUGUGCGUGUUGACGCACGUCAGCAUCCCAACGAUGAGCAUGGCGGGCACCAGCGCUGCCUACGGCUUCCCUUUAGCUGGAAGCACCGAAACCCCAGCACCGGGCUUGAAUCCUGCAGCUCGUUAUCCCAGCGUGGAUGCGGCCAUCGAUGCUCUGUAUGCCGUCACCGUCAACAGGGGCUGCAAGUGCUCAGACACCUGUGCUACAAAGUCUUGGGAUCCCGAUCCAGUCCCGUGGUGCUUCGUGCAAGACUCCGUCUGGAAGAAGCCGUGGAAGCUGGUGAAAGGCCCCUGCACCGUUGAUGCGGCAGGCUGCAUCAUGAGCCGGGACUAUGGAGGCAGCAGCGAGUACCGCAACUUCGAAGAGUGCGAGUUUGACGUGGAGGAUAAAGCAUCGAUGGAGGUACUGGAUUUCAACGUGGAGGGUUGGAACUACGACUACCUCGAAGUGAACGGCGAGAAGUACAGCGGAGAAAGCACUCCCCAUGGAAAAGUGCCCGAAGGAAAAAUUGAGUGGUCUUCCGACUACAGCGUGACCCAUUUUGGUUGGAAGAUUUGCCCAAAGCCGGUGCCAUCACCACCCGACGCUGAGAAGUACACCACAAAAGAUUGCCUGUGCAAGCAUGGGUGGAGGUACAGGAGAAUUGACAUCGAAGGCUAUUGUGGCAACCCGGACAACGACGCCAAUGGCGACUGGUGCAAGGUGGAGGACAGACGCUGCCAGGGCACUUGGUGGGGAUACUGCAAGAAACCGUAG